AUUUUGACGGCGCGCUAUUCUUCAAAUACUAAGUGAUGUGAUGCGACGAACGGGAGCAAUGGGCGGUGAAGCAGGGAACAAGAAAUUUCUUGUUGUGAAGUUUCCUGAUGAAGAAGAAAGCAUCGCCACAGUCCACAUUAAUUGGAUGGCAGAGGGAAAAUGUCUUUGGCCAAACGAGAAAGAUCCGUCAAGGCUGCGUCAGAUGGUAAUAAAUGGCGCAACACCACAACAGAGCUGGGCUAAGCACAACUGUAUUGUGCUUUCGUCAUUCGAUACAUAUGGAGAAGCACAGCAGAAACUAAACAAGGCUCGAGACAUCUGACCUUUCAAGCGAUAUAGAGCUGGGUCGUGGCAAAAGAAGAAAGCGGAGGACUGCCAAAAGUAUCAAUGAGGCUUACGGGGAGAUGCCUUAUGAUGAGGACAGGGAAACAGAUUCAGAGUGCAACAGCUAUGUACCUCCAAGACCACCUACACCCCCAACGUACAUGGAUUUGUCUGGCUCUGGAACCACAAACCUCGGAACCAUACCAGUUGACGCAGGGCCACCCACCGCUGUACAGGCAUCACAAGUGACAAGAAGUCACGUCGAGCACGCUCUAAGUGAAGCUAGGCAGAGAGCCCGCAGCUGGAGAGAGCCCCCACGUAGCUACACUAAUACAGCCAUGCGGGGGGCAGGCGCCGCAUCUUGGGAUACCUUUCCUGUGUACAGUGAAGGGAACUUUAGUAAGUUUUUGUUUCGCACUUAG